AUGGCAUGCCAGGUAUUCAGCGCCGACUCUUUCAACCCACUGGCAGGAGAUUCCCCCUUGCCGAUCCUCAUGCACCACGCCUCAGCCGGUGACUGCCUGCCAAGCGGCUCUCAUGCUCACAGCAUGGUUUCUGCAGUAUCGUCUGGGCUGUCCCUGGGUCAGCCUUCCAAGCGCUCCCACAUGCACCUGUCCACCUCCACCCUCGGCAACGCGCUCGGCAAUGCCCCCCCGGGCCUGCAUUACCCGGUCGCCCCCUGUCACUACAGCAACCAGCAGGCCACCUAUGGCAUGAUGGCAGCUCAGGAGAUGCUCUCUGCCAGCAUCUCUCAGACUCGCAUCCUGCAGACAUGUGGCGUACCGCACCCCAACAUGGUGGGCAGUGGAAAUCCAUUGCAAGGGUCUCUUACUCCUUGCUUGUACAAGUUUCCGGAUCAUGGUCUGGGUAGCGGUUCCUGCGCGUUAAGCCACGGUUUCUCCUCACUGCCCCCGGCGCUGCUCUCCACUGAUGAGGCCCCCGGGGGCCAGAGCAUUGGAGAGAUGAAAAGUGACGGCCAAAGGAAGACCAUGCGGCACCCGGAGGACGCCCCUGCCAUGGACUCGCCGCAGAUACGAGAGCUGGAGAUGUUUGCCAACGACUUCAAAAUACGGAGGAUCAAACUGGGGUACACACAGACCAAUGUAGGCGAGGCUCUUGCUGCCGUGCACGGCUCAGAGUUCAGCCAGACCACCAUAUGCCGCUUUGAAAAUUUGCAGCUGAGCUUUAAGAAUGCCUGCAAACUGAAGGCCAUUCUGGCUAAGUGGCUUGAUGAAGCUGAGCUGGCCGGUGCCUUGUACAACGAUAAAAUAGGAAUGAAUGAGCGCAAGAGGAAAAGGAGAACAACCAUCAGCCUUGGCGCCAAGGAGGCUCUGGAGCACAGCUUUGUAGAAAAAAACAAGCCAUCGUCGCAGGAAAUAGCCCGGAUAGCCAAAGUCCUCCAUCUGGAAAAGGAGGUCGUCAGAGUCUGGUUCUGCAACAGACGGCAAAGAGAGAAACGGGUCAAAACCAGUCUGAACCUCAGCUCCUGUUUGAACAAACUCAGCCCACACUGCAUCGCACAGAUGAGCAAAGCUCAGAGACCGAUGACAUAGUUGCACGGUUCAGCAUCAGGUUUUUGUUCACCUCUUGCUCAAAAAAAGUUUUAUUGUGAAGUCAAAUGUCUGACAGUAAUCCAAACCAAUUCAGAUAAUAAUUUAUUUAGGUGAGUCGGUCCAAUAUUCUGUGAGUUGAAACAUUGAGGAUUAAAGCUUUUUCAUUUUCCUCAUCCGCCGGUUUCAUAGCUUCCGUGACCUGAUGUUUUAAUGUACUGAGCCGUAGCUAAAAGUUACGUACAAAAACCCAACACAACGUAAUCUAUGAGCAGCCGAGUGCAGAUGAACAUUCAUGGAGAUCAGCCCUGUGCCUUCGAUCGUCCUUUUAUUGUCGAGAAAGAGGAGAAGCUUUAUUGUUGAAGACACGUUCAACAUUUCCCUCGACGUUUGACAGCUGGACCCCUCGUGUUGUUGUUGUAUUUGUUUGUGAACUUGUGAUUUGUGUGAUCUGAUGCGUUAAUCACCUGUCUUAUAUGGAACAUGUUGGUUUUAUUUAAAGUAAUAUAGCCACGGUCAAAAAGUAAUAUAUUGAAAGUUUACCAACAACCUAUUUAUUUGUCACCUAAUACAUAAUGUUGGACUACUUUUCUGAGUACGACCUCUGGGAUUAAUGGAAACACUUUGUAGCAUUUUUUCUUGUCAGUGAGGAUCUGGACUCUGCCGUUCGCCUGUUGUCACGCUGACAUGAUUUUUCACGUUUGCUGACGUUACGCUUUUGUUGUUGUUUGACGAAGUGUCAUAAAAAGAAGCUCUGACCUGGUUGGGAGGACCGCUUGUGUGAAGCGCCUUAAUAAAGUGACAAGCCAACACAAGCCUUAAUGUUCACUUCACAUCAGGUACUAUUCAUUGGUGCCUGCAGAAAUCUGACUGCAACAGCCAUGUAGGUUUUUACUGCAGGCAGAUGGAUGUGAAAAUGCAUUUGUUCAACUUGAUUGAUAACAGCCAGUAAACAUAGCUUAUUAUACGUGAGCUGAGCUAUUGUCUUUCCGUUCGCAGGCACUGAAAAGUAGUUUUAGUUUAAUUUAUUUCUGAUAAUAAAGGAGAACUGAGCUACGUGCUGCGUUUCUCACUUUUACUAAUGCCAUUACAUUGGAAGAGAGAGUCAAGUUAUGUGUACAGAACGGCAAUAAUUCAUGGUUGUGCCACCGGUGGUUCAUUAAUGAAGACGUUUUCUGCGAGCAGCAGUUUCCGCUGUGAGUCAUGUGCAGCUGUCCGCACGGAGCGCCGUCAGGGGAAACAUAUGCAGCAGGGUCGUCAACUGCCGGCGAAUUUCUGAGGCCUCACGUCGAAAAGUCCCAGGCAUGAUACGCUGAAUGAGAUAAAGCUAUCAAGGUUCUAGGGGACGGGAUGUUUUGACACGGCAGCACUUUUUUAGGUACACCGGUUGUAUUCAAUAUAGUCUUAAAUUAUGUCUUUAUGUGAUCAGAGAACAUUGGUUCCAUAGAGCUGGUGUAAUCCUUAAAUGUUGAAAUUGAUACAGCCGAUGCACUACUAGUGGAAAGAUCUGCAUCAAUAAAUGCAGAUUAAUUUGUGUUAUAUAAAAUACAAACAAAGUCCCUUUGCGUGCCUUCAUAUACAUUUAGAGCCACCUUUUGACGUCAUGAUAAUUCUGUAAUUCUCUAAUAGCAGAUUGAUACUUUGAUUUAAAACAUGCAAGCUAGCAUAAAAAUGAAUUAAUUGGAAUCAAUGUGUAUCUGUAAUGGUAGUAAAAAUAGAUCGAAACGUCUAACAUUUCUUUAACAUUUGAAGAAGCUAGUAUAGCAAAUAAACAAAUAAAAUGGUCUUCAGAGAUAACAAAUAGUAUGAAUUUUAUGACUUCAUUUUACAAAAUAUUCAGUGAUUUCAUUAAAAUGUUUUUACACCACCGUGCCCCCUACAAAGACUAUAGCAUGAAUUUCAUACCACUUGUUUAUGUAUGGUUAGUGCUUCAAGGGAAAACACAAUAAAGGUUAACCAACCUGUACCUGAAGAAACUUUAUUCAUUUAUAAAAGCCAUCAACCUUUUACAGUCACUUAACAAUAACAAAACAAAUAGAUUAUACAUACACCUUUAAAAAAGUGUGGAAAUUUCCUAAGCAUUAAACUGCACUCAAACAAUGUUUAAAUCUGUUAAAACAUUAUUUCUGCUUACAAUCACAAAAAACAAAAGAUGUUAAAAAGGGGAAAUAAUGAUUUACAAAAGAAAAAUGAAUGAUUUGUGUAUUGCACACGUCAGAUGCAUGCAAAUUGUUUUUGCAAUGGAGGUCAAUGUGGUAAGAAAUAGGCCAGAAAGACAGACAUAGAGUCGAUGUCACUUCACACAUGAGUUUCUUUCUCUUGACGCUCAACAAAUCAAUGCAGAGGAGAGCCAGAGAGAAAACGUCUCUCGGAUCACAGUGUAAUUGUA